GCGAGCGCUGGUGCUGGGAACGAGUUUGCUGCUGUUUGCGAGUGUGUGCAUGUGUGUGUGAGCGUUCGCGCGCGUGUUUGUGGAUAACCGAAAGCGGAAGCGGAAGCGAGAGAGCGACCGAGCGAGUGAAGUUUGGUGGCGAGCGAGAGAGCGAGAGCGGUGCAUCGAGAAAGCAGAAGCAGUAGAGAGAGAGAGAGAGAGGGAGAGGAAAAAACAAGUGCUCGUCGUGUACCUUGUGCGGUGCUCGAAGGAUCAAAGAUCGAUUGCCUGCCUGGCCCAGUAAUACGGGCGUGUGUGUGUUGUGUGGCCGUGUGUGAGAGAGUGUGUGUGAGUGUUUGUGAAGAAAAGCUGCGAACCAGCACAGGUGCGAUCGUCGCGCGCGCGUUCGACAGGACUGAACGGACCACUGCCAAUUCAGAGUCAGCACAGCAUUAGACAGAGUCAGCAGCAGCAGCAGCAGCAGCAGCCAUGGCCGACAAAAAGGUAGCGGAACAGUACUAUGCCCCGCCGCCCAAGCUGGGCAAAUGGGAAGGAUUUAGGACGUUCCUGUGGAACAGCGAAACCAGCCAAUGCCUUGGCCGCACCGGAUCGAGCUGGGCGAAAAUCCUCUUCUUCUAUGUGUGCUUUUAUGCUGCCCUGGUCGGAUUCUUUGCCGCGAUGCUGGCCGUGUUCUGGCAGACGCUCGACAUGCAGAUGCCUAAAUAUCAGCUUGACAGUUCGCUGAUUGGAUCGAAUCCAGGUCUGGGCUUUCGACCAACACCGCCAGAGUACCAGAAUGUGGAGAGCUCGUUAAUCUGGUACAAAGCUUCCGACAAUGGAAACGUUGGGAUCUGGACCAAACUAAUCGAUGAUUUUCUGGAGCCUUACACGCUAGAGGAAGACAACCGCGUCGAUUGCUCGUUCGACAAUCCGCCGCCGGAGGGCAAGGUUUGCAAAGUUCCUAUGACUAACUGGUCUCCGUGCGUCAAGGAAAAUCAAUACAACUUUAAAAAGAAGAGCCCGUGCAUAUUCUUGAAGCUGAACAAGAUCUAUAACUGGGUCCCAGAUAUGUACAAUACCUCGACCAACUUGCCGGAGAAAAUGCCCGAUGAUCUGAAGGAGCACAUCCGCGGAGAGGAAGCCCGAGGAAACAAGAACACCAACGUGGUUUGGGUCUCCUGCUCCGGUGAAAAUCCUGCCGAUAAUGAGCACAUCGGUGCCAUUCAGUACAUCCCGCGUCGCGGAUUCCCUGGAUACUUCUUCCCGUACAAGAACGUUGAUGGAUAUCUGCCACCAGUAGUAGCAGUCUACUUCGAAAAACCAAAGACUGGCGUGCUGAUCAACAUCGAAUGCAAAGCCUGGGCCCGCAACAUCAUGUACGAUCGGGCUGAGCGAAGAGGGUCCGUUCACUUCGAGCUGAUGAUCGAUUAAAUCGGUGGCUCGUACGCACCACUUUAAAGCAGCGAACCCGGGGCCAUCCCGGCUCCAUUUCGCACAUUUCGCCAGGCGCACGUGUUAUCAUCGUUUUUUGUAGGAAGGAGACGAGCGGGCAAAGGAAGAGAGCAAGCUGCACCGAAGUCCGAUCGGUCGGUGGCAGCAGCAGCAACAGAAGCAGCAGUGUAGUAAGGGCAGCAGGCACAAAAGCAGGCCUAGAAGUAUCGAAUGAGUUUACGCUAGCGUUAGGACAACCGCAGAACAAGCAGCCAGAAGCAGCAACAGCAACAGCAGCAAAAUGUAGUGCGCAAAAACAUUUGUUGAUCGGAGAUCGGAGAUCGUCGACGUUGAAAUAUUGAGUCAAACAAAACAAACCAAACAAAAAGCAAGCAUACACACGAGAAUCCCAACUACGAGAACGUGCGAAAACAUCCAUUAAAAUCAACGCGUUAUGAGAAACGGGGAGGGAGUCAACAUAUGCGCGCGCGAAAUCAAGGGCAUAUAUUAAAAAAAACAACCAAAAAACCACAUUGUAGUAGGCGACGAUGCGUGCGUGCGUGCGUGUGGCGUAAUCGUUUUUGGAUCAUUUGGGCUAGGCAUUUUAUACUUUUCACCUGUAACUUCAGCUACUAUCGGUUGGUGAAGAUUGUUGUAUGAUUUUGUUAUUGCAAUAGUAUACAUAAUACCCACGUUAAAGCAAAAAAAGAAAGAAAGAAAGAAAAGAAAAUGAAAACAAACUAAUAAUAAUAAUAAUAAAAAAACAAGUAAAAGAUUUAAGACCAUCGUAAUAACUGUAGGUAAGUUGUACAGCUAAUUGCAGAAGAAGAAGAAGCAAAGGGGGAGAAGAAACAAAAAUUAAACAAAACCCAGAGGCAUUCCGCUCUCUGCUUCAGUAAGUCAGUAAGUAAAAAAAAGGGAGCCAGCAAAGCAAGAACGAACAAAACAAGAAUUCGAGGGAGAAAAACCAUUAAAAAAACGACAACAACAAACCAACAAAACAAAUAAGAAACCGGCGACACCGAUAUUCACGCGGUUUAUUAGUAAGGCGAGAGCGAAUGUGUUCUAUUUAGGUGCAGCAUGCUAGAAUUAUAGUUGACACAACACAACACAACUUUCCGUAAUAUAACUCCACCUUACACACACCCACUCUUAAGCAGCAUAGCAGCAUGAUCUCUCGCAGUAAAAGAAGAUAACAAAAAAAGAAGAAUGGAACAUCGUACUAGACGAAAGUAGCCAGCAGCAGUAAAACAUGCAUCAACAUGAGGGUGACACUACCGAAUACGCAUGAUAUAACCGGUCAUUUGGGGGCAGUCAUCAUAGGCCGGGCAGCAUAGUCAGCAUAAAGGUCCCUUUGGCCCCACGCCGGUCGCUGUUGGGGGAAACCCCAGCAUUCACUGUCGAUUCGCUUCUCGAGCUCUCCUUACUCUCCCCCCCGGAAAAUAUAGUCUGCAAAUUGUAGAUCUAGUUGAAGUAUUUGCGUCAAAGCGUCGCCGUACAUCAGCAAAGCAAACAAACAAAAAAGGCAAGGCCAGCAUUCAACCAUUGGAGCAAUGUAGUUUGUAUCACAUGCUAAACUUUCUUCUCGUGCCGUACACUUACACACAUACACACCCACACACCCACACAAACACAUUCACAGAUACACUCAACACAAGAUAAAUGCAUAACGAGGCUGGCCGGAAAGGGUUGAAAGGGGAAAAGAAGUUUUCGCAUCACCCUGUACGAUGUACUAGGCAGCAGCUGAUGAAAUAUGAAAUAAAGGAAAAAGCCGAAAAAUACACUCACAACAACAACAAAAAACACCGAACGAAGAAGUAUGAUUUCCUUUACAUUUGAUGGCAGAUGGCGUUUGUGCGGUACUGUCAAAGUCUAGUAGCUGCGUUUGCGCGAACAAGGACAGCGUAGUGUGGUAGUAAGUAGCCUAAACGAGAAGUGUCGUUGAUUAGUGUCAGUGUGCAUCAGUGUGCACCAGUCACGCAUUGCUUUGCUACGUUGGACAUGAAAGACAUGGUCGCUAAGCAUUUUGCUUCUGCUCAAAUGGGCCACUGGUGGCAACAAACCACCGCAAAUGGUAAUCUUGCCAGUUUUGCUAGUGCAUCAUGUGUGUAGCGCUACUGAGGUGGGAAAUGAGUCUAUUUAGUACACCGAACGAACGUGACUAAACAACACGAAGGGCCUCUUUCUAUUCUUAUCACUCACUGCCCACUGAAUAAGUUAAAACAAAACAAAAAAUUGCAGAGAAAAAAAUAAUAGCGUGGAACAAAAAAGAUAGAAAAAUACAAUGAAUCGAAAAACCGAUCUGAAGCAUGUGGAAAACGAAAGCAAACACAUGCAGAAACGAAAAUGACACGGAAAGCAUGUCAAACACAACACACAAUGCUCGAGAAGCGCGAGAUAUUAGCAAACAGAAAUAACAUAACGAACAAUGUUAAA